AGAUGGACGAAACGCGUAAACAGAGAGUCAACAUGUAAACAGGCCACUCCGCGAGACAAACAACGUGGGGGCCGCGGGCUGUUCACCGAGCGAGGCUUUGCUUGCUCGGGUUUUGCGUACACGUUUGUUCGUUCGUUCGUCCGCUGUGUCGGAUUUAUAGAGAGAUCUCGAGCAGAGCCGCGUCUCGUUUACCUUUUCUUACCCCGAAAAAAAGCCGGCUUUUUAAUUGUUGCAUCCUUCCUCUUGAAUUCGAAAUCGAAAUUCUCCGAUUAGUUCGGAUUCGGAUUAGUCACACUAUCUUGGAUUACGUUACUGGUAGAUACAAUACUAGAUACAAUACUAGAUACAAUAUUAGAUACAUUACUAGAUACAUUACUGAUAGAUACAUUACUACUAGAUACUUUACUGCUAAAUACAUUACUAUUAGAUACAUUACUACUAGAUAUUUUUACUAGAUGCAUUACCACCUAGUACUGUAAUUUUUUUUGUUCCUUGUUUGCAAAUUUCGAUAGAAGGUUCUUAACCCUGUGUGUUUGGAUAGUGCUGCAACACUUCGGAGGAUUUUGUUUGGGGAGGGAAGGAAAGAAAUGGGGAGUGUGAAGUGUUAGACUCUGGAGGAAGCAUUAAGUCGUGUAGGUUAGUGUGUGCUGUCAGAGGUUAGUAUCUAUUGCGAUGUGACGUGUGAAAAUAUGAUGUGUAUUGUGUAGAUUGUGUUGGAAUUGUGUAUUUUCGGGGGAAUAGAUUAUUGCAAGUGCAGCACACGCAUAAUUUAACAAGAAGGAUAUGUGUUGUUCCACGUGGAUUGAAUAUUGUGCAGUGGAUCGCUGGAGGUGUCAAGGUUGACGUAUCGUUCUUUAUGAGCCUGGCAAUUCUUGAUGAGACGACAAGAAGAUCAUUACAUAGCUCGGCACUACCAACAGGUGUACGGACGCUGCAUUACGUCAUCUCGAAUCAUCCAAUACACAGGCGUACGUAAUAAUACUUCAUCUCUCGAUUUCUGAGAAGAGGAAUGCUUGUCAGUGAUGUACAAUAUUUUCAAAUCUGAAGUUUCGUUAAAAAUGGCUUGUUGAUGGACACAUCGGCGAGAACCCGUUCGAUAACGGAUCUUGGGGGAAGGACUUUCCAGCAGUGCCCUGGCAGCUGACUCCUCGCGGCCUCGGCCGACCAAGUGACGAUGGCAUAAUGGAUCAUGACACAGACGGAGACGGCGCGAUCAACCUGUCAACGUCGCAGCGACCCUCCGCCUCAACCACCCCUAAUGGUGAAACCCCGACCUACGGACAAGAGCAACAAGACAGUGAUCAGGCGAAUUCACUAUUCGCGGCACUAAAACAGCAACAGUCUAGAGAAGCAGCGAGGGAGAGUCGAGAAAGAGAGAGACCACCUCGGAGUAGAGAGAGAGGACCAAGUGGACCAGAAAGUGAUCAGCAAGACCUCACCAUCGAGUAUCAAAGCAAUGGAAAGCUCAGUCCUGCUGGGCACACAGUAACAACAGCACCCAUGACCCAACAAAAGCAACCGAUCAUCACACAGCAGCCGCAACAACCAAGUUCGGGAGCUCUGGGGUCCCAACCCAGUCCACAUCAGAGUCCUCAAGCCCCGCAGAGGGGUUCACCACCGAACCCCACUCAGGGUCCACCGCCAGGAGGCCCGCUGGGGGGACCACCACCCUCACAAACACCAUCACAGAUGAUGCUAAAUCCUGCGAGUGGUCUGCAUCAAAUGCAACAACUUCUUCAACAACACAUUUUUAGUCCCACACAAUUGCAAUCAUUUAUGCAGCAACACACGCUUUACCUUCAACAACAGCAAAAUCAUCAGGACUCCCCAACCGAGCAUGUAUCAAAUCAGGAACGUUUUGGUUACUUUUCAUCUUUAAAAAACCAACAGCAUCAACUAGAAUUAGGUCGGAAGCAUUUGGAGCAGACGAUGCAGCAAUUGCAGGAGCAGUUGCAAUUAAAUCUCAUUCAACAAACGCAUUUACUGCAAAAUGCAGACAAGAAAAAAUCGUCGGGACCUCUUCAGCAGCUUGCUCUGCAGCAACAGCAACUCAUACAGCAACUUCAAAUGGCGCAGAGGCAAUAUCUUCUUCUCCAAGGUCACAAUCAUUCUUCGGGCUUGCAGCAAAAUGAGGGAAUGCCAACGUGGAAGACCGAAUCUCCAGAUGGAACAGAGUCACAUCAAAACAGUGCAGUUUCGAAAUCAAAUUCCGGGCUGAAUGGACUUCUACAUUCGACACUUUCGAGUCGGCGUUCGGAAGUUAAUGGAACAACUCCUUUAGAUGAAAAACCACUCGACAUCUCCUGUAACGAGAAAGCCCACCCUCUCUACGGCCAUGGGGUUUGUAAGUGGCCUGGCUGUGAAGCAAUUUGUGAAGACUAUCAAGCAUUCCUUAAGCACUUAAAUACAGAACACACGUUGGACGACAGGUCGACAGCUCAAGCCAGAGUUCAAAUGCAAGUGGUUUCACAGCUGGAGAUUCAGCUGCAGAAGGAACGCGAUCGGUUAACCGCCAUGAUGCAUCAUCUGCACGUGGCAAAACAAAUGGCUUCGCCGGAACCACCAAAGUCAUCUGAGUCGUCCACGAGUUCGAGUUUACCAAAGUUAAGUUUAUCGUCCGCGCUGAUGAGUCAACCACCGCCAACUUUUGGUGUGUCGCAAGUGUCUCCGGUGUCCAUGUCCGCAUUGGUGUCGGCCGUGAGGUCUCCUGGUGGACAAUUGCCCCCUUCGGCGGGCGGCAAUCCGUUGCCACCACUUCCCAAUAUGGCGAAUAUGACCGGACUACCACCGAUGCCCAGUCUGCCCGGUUCCAUGCCCAGCAUGGCUGGACCCAUCAGAAGAAGGAUCAGCGACAAAUCUGCUCUUUCCUUAACCGGAGGACUGUUUGAGGAGGGAACUGUAAGGCGCAGAGUAUCCGUCGAUAGAUCUGGAUUAGAUAUUAACGAAGAAAUUCAACGUAAUAGGGAAUUUUACAAAAAUGCCGAUAUAAGACCGCCAUUCACGUACGCUUCCUUAAUUCGACAGUCGAUAAUCGAAUCUCCGGAAAAGCAGCUGACAUUGAACGAAAUUUACAACUGGUUUCAAAAUACGUUCUGCUAUUUCCGACGCAACGCAGCUACAUGGAAGAACGCGAUCCGCACCAAUCUAUCAUUGCACAAGUGUUUUGUGCGCUAUGAGGACGACUUCGGGUCAUUCUGGAUGGUGGACGACGCCGAGUUCGUAAAGCGGCGGCAUCUGUCCCGCGGCCGUCCCAGGAAAUAUGACCCAACCCCAUCACCCACUCCACCCCACCUCUCCGCACAGGGUGUGCCAUCUAAAAGUCCAACGCUGACUCACAGUCCAACCAUGUAUGGCGAUGCGCUAAAUGCAAACCUACAGUAUUUCCAGGCUGCCCUGGGGGAGUCUAAUAUGGGCUUUCUGAACAACUCAAUGUGUACAUCAACAACAACAAGCCCUGACAAGGAACACGUGAUGCCCCACAGUGAUUUAAUGUCACCGCUGGAUGAACCAGUUGUGCAUAUAAAACAAGAAGGUCUGUGUCCCGAGGGUGGAAAACUGUCGAGAUUGAUAAAACGUGAACUUGAAGCGCCAACGGAACAUGAACAGGAGCAGGAUCAUGAGCACGAGGAGGACACAGUCGACGACAGGGAGUAUCCCGAGAGUCAUGGUCACGACUCAGGACAAGACGAGGACAUGGCCGAAGAUUUGUCCAUGGCUCCUGACAUAAUGACAUCUGACGAUCACAUCGAGGCGUAGUAUAUCCGCUCCAAAAACUAGAUAAUUUUCUUUCAACGCUUCGUUAACGAGAGAUAUUUCUUUUUUCAAAAAGAAGUUAAUCUCUUUCUCCAAACAAACUCAUCAUAUCCAAAAAAAAAAACAAAUGCCGCGCUCCCAGGCGCACGAAACAAUUAAAUUAACAAAAAAAAAAAAAAAAUAAAGAAGAAGAAGAAGAAAAAGAAGAAGAAGACUUUGUCAACCCUUUAAGACGAUAAUUAUUAUAAGAAAGUAAUGUCACGAAGUGUCGAGUGUCAAGGGAAUUGACUCUCGACGUGAUCUAAUGAUUCAUAUCUUUAUUCAAAGCAAUUACGAAACAACGAUGCAUAUUACAAGUACGCCUCGGUCGCAUGUAUAUUCUGUAGUGUAGCUCAUUACGACAAUUUGCUUUUCACCGUAACCAAUUCUCAAAAAAAUCAAUUUGGAAUUGUAAUUCGUUUAUUAUAAUAAUAUUUACGGUGUCGCAGCGAUGUCAAAAAAAAAAGCGAUAAUCUUAUCGACGCACUUGUCUUUAUUCGUGUUUUGAGAGUUGGAAAUUGCUUCUCGUUCGCGACAGAAGAUGUCAAUAGUCACAGCAAAAAUAUUUGUAAAUAUAAAAAAAGCUGCAUUUGGCACAAUCGUCAAAAAAAAAGCAACACAAAUUCAGUUGCUUCAUCUUCUCGAACGAUUAGCAAACCAUUUCCAUCUCAAUUCUCUCGGCUGUUUUACUCUUGUGUACACCCCGUGUACACAAAACGUUUGUAGAUAAAUAUAAAAAAAAAAUUAUUUAGUCAUUAUAACGCGUAGUUUCGACCGAAGUCAAUCUGUUGGCGUAUUCUAGAAACCAAUUUGUAUGAAUGAUGUGUCGAUGGGUACGUUCGGGAGUACAAUGACUGAUCAAGGUAGAAUUUAAGAGAGGCCGCUUUAAAUUAAUUUAAUGCCUCGAAAGAAAUAUCGUCAUCUCAUGGCUGUCAAGUUAAAUUGACUAGAGAAAUAAAAAAAUUGCUAUGCGACAUUUAAUUAGGUGUAAUAAAAAAAAAAAAAAAAAAAAAAAGACAAAUAUGCGUCGACAACGGUUCAGCCCGACGUACCCGUCCGCAGUGUAUAGAAUUCAUAAGUAGUUUCAUAUUACCGAGUAUCGAUUUAGAAUUUGUAAAUGAAAUAAUUGUCAGUUAAUUAAUUAAUAAAAUGAGACAAGACACGAGGAACGCCAUAGCAUGCAUUUUUAGCUACAAAAAAGUUAUUAUAACUUGAGUAUCAAAGACAAAAAAAAAAAAGAGCAAACAGAAACCGUUCAUUAAAGCGGUGGAUAUAAACAGUAUAAAUAAACUUAUACUAUGUAUGCAUAUACAUAAUAUAUACGUAUACGUAUUGGGAUAUAAAAAUUAGCCGUCGACCCCCCGUCCACACUCCAAAUACUCUUUUCUCUUCUCGUAUAAGUGUACUUUCAGAUCUUUCGCAAACUCGUUAAAAAACAACAACGAGUUCAACCAAAAGAUUUGAUUGUAAAAUUCCCGAUAUUCCGUUAUGAAAAAAAAAAAAUUUUUAACCACAUUUUACGAAAACUGAGAUUAAUUCAAGACUUUAUAUAUUCUUUAUGUUAUUAGAAAUUUCCAUUCACCUAUAUUAUAACUCGUUAAUUGUUUCCUGUGAUUCAGAAAAAUGUAUGUGCGUUACUUUAAAGAUUUCAAUAAAAAUUGAAUUAAAAAUAAAAAAAA